UUCACACGAACGGACAAAAGGGUGCGCUCUGGAAGACCGCAAGUGAGAAUGCCCUUCUGAGACAGACAGAUACAUAAACACACAGGCCUGCUAUCACCCUGAGCAUGUGUGGGCAACCUGAACGGGCAUCAUGAUUUCACACUAUCCACUGGCAUCGCUGCUCCCCUGGCCGCCCAUCCCACACUUUCUGCAUCUAAAUGAAGAGGGAGGGGUGGCCCUGCAGAGGUACCAACCACGGUCACCAGAGGUAGCUGGUUGCUGGAGCUCUGUGCAGGACUGGGGAGAGGAGGUUGAGGAAGGAGCCAUAUACAACGUGACGCUGAAGAGGGUCCAAAUCCAGCAGGCGGCUAACAAAGGCGCAAGAUGGCUGGGGGCGGAGGGUGACCGCUUGCCCCCAGGUCACACAGUCAGCCAGUUAGAGACGUGUAAGAUCAGGAGUAUCCGGGCGGGGACACUGGAGCGCUUGGUAGAGACACUCCUCACAGCCUUCGGUGAUAAUGACCUGACCUACACCAGCAUCUUCCUCUCCACAUACAGGGCCUUUGCUACUACACAGACUGUACUGGAAUUGCUGCUGGACAGGGAUGCCACAGUCUUGGAAGACAUGGAAAUACCUGGGAAAUUCAAAAGUGUGAUUUCCAGGCCAGGAAAAUUCAUGGAAAUGAAUAAAAGGUAUGGUAGUUUUGAGGAUUGUGAGGGGGAUAACCAGUGUCGGACUGGAGAGAGCAGAGCUGCUGUGAGAACUGCUUUGGCCUCUAUUCUAAGAGCCUGGUUGGAUCAGUGUCCAGAGGACUUCCAGGAACCUCCAUCAUAUCCGAGCUUGCAUCGUGUGCUGGGUUUCCUGCAGAAGGCCAUGCCAGGCUCAGAGCCAAUGCGGCGGGCUCAGAGUCUUCUCGAACAAUUGCGUGUCCAGGCCAGCCAAGAGAAUGAGACUGAUGGAGGCUUUCAGUACAACAACCCUUUCUGCCUUGGGGAAGACGAAGAAGUAGAGAUCGAUUUGCAGGAGGACUUCUUCUCCUUUGAGGUUGACCUUGUAGCAGAGCAGCUGACUUAUAUGGAUGCGCUGUUGUUUAAGAAGGUGGUUCCUCAUCACUGUUUGGGUGCUAUCUGGUCUCAGCGUGAUAAAAAGGAUGGCAAACAGUGUGCGCCCACUAUCCGUGCCACCAUUACUCAGUUCAAUGCGGUAACGGCGUGUGUGGUCAGCACCAUCCUCCGUCAGAGGCAGAUGCGCCCGCAUUUGCGUGCUCGCAUCAUCCAGCGCUGGAUUGACAUCGCACAGGAGUGUCGCAUUCGUAAGAACUUCUCGUCUCUGAGAGCCAUAGUAUCGGCGCUGCAGUCCAACCCCAUCUACAGACUGAAGAGAGUGUGGGCUUCUGUUUCCAAAGAUAGCAUGCAGAUGUUUGAAGAGCUUUCCGAUAUUUUCUCCGACCAGAAUAAUUACCUUACAAGCAGGGAACUGCUAAUGCGGGAGGGCACCUCAAAAUUUGCCAGUCUGGACAGCUGUGCCAAAGAUCACCAGAAAAGAUCCCAAAAGAGACUGCAGUUACAGAAAGAUAUGGGUGCCAUGCAGGGGACGAUCCCAUACUUGGGUACAUUUCUUACAGAUUUGACCAUGCUUGAUACAGCACUGCCUGACCAAGUUGAGGGAGGACUGAUUAAUUUUGAAAAGCGGCGCAGGGAGUUUGAAGUGAUCGCUCAGAUUAAGCUCCUGCAGUCUGCAUGCAAUAGUUACUGUCUGACCUCUGAUCCCGCAUCUCUUCUAAAAUUCAAAAUCAAUACUCAGAACACAGAGGAGGAGAGCUAUGCGCUGUCGUGUGUAGUUGAAGGAUUGGGAGACAACAGCCCAACGUCACCAAAACCCCGCAAGAGUAUGGUGAAGAGAUUAAGCCUACUCUUCUUAGGACCUGAUGUCUCAAACGCGAGCUCCCCUGUGAGAGAGAGUCCUCGAUCGCCUCCUACUGGCAGCUCUGGGGAGAGCAUGGACUCGGUCAGUGUGUCUUCAAGUGACUCUAGUCCCUCAGAGAGUGAAGGCAUGACACCCACACACUCUAUAGACACUCAUCUGAAGAAGCUGUCUGAUUCUUCCUCCUGCACCUCAUUGCACUCCAUGGACACCUCCUCUUCUACAGCCAGCGCUUCCACUUCUCUGGCCUCCCCGACCCUGCCUGGGCCCCCCUGCAUGCAUCAGCGCUCGAUCUCGUUGCUGCCCAUGUCCCCCACAUCACCUGGUUUUCUACCUGCCUAUAACACACAAGCUCAGGAUGCAUGCAUCAUCCGAGUUAGCCUUGAACAGGGAAACGGCAACCUCUACAAGAGUAUCAUGCUGACCAGUCAAGACAAAACUCCAGCUGUGAUCUCUCGAGCCAUGGCCAAACACAACCUGGAGGGUGAGCAGGCUGCUGACUACGAGCUGGUGCAGGUCAUCUCUGAGGAGAGAGAAUUGGUCAUCCCUGACAAUGCCAACGUGUUUUACGCCAUGAGCACAUCUGCAAACUUUGACUUCCUGUUGCGUCAGCGUGGUUCUGAGGGGAGGCCGGUUCAGCUGCGCAGUCGUUGCAGCUCUACACUACCGCGCACACAGCAGCGCUCCAGUCUGUCCCUCAGGCUCAACAAGGUCACACUGUGACCUCUGACCUUUUUUUGGACCAGAACGGGCUUUGCAAAAAGACUACAGCAUGUGGAGUACUAGAAAAUGGGCUUAUAGACUAUUUCAAGAAGAGUUUAUUAACUUCAAAAACAUUUCAGAACUAAUUUUGGCAUCUCAUGUUCUUCUAUUCUGCCUUUUGAAAUUAAAGGCUUAUGUUAAAUAGUAGCAUGUGCCUCCUCCUCCCCAUCUAGUCCACAUGUACAGAGUCACAUCCCAACCUCCCUAUUGCUGGAUAUUUUGCACAUGUGCAGGAAAGCCUCCUGCUCCUUGUCAGUAUUUGCAUAAGAGCACAUCUCUUCUUAGCCAAGAGGCCUACACGACUUCCUCGGAGAGUAAGAGGGGAACGAAAUAAGCUGUGGGAAGAGAAAACAAACGAAAACCAUGUUGCCUUUAUCAACGGUAAUGAUGGAACUCUUGCGUCAGUAUUGAAGAUGAUCUGCAGUAGCUGUGAUGUCGUCAUCGAUGUCAUUAACGUGUCCUUCUCCUGUCCACUUGUGCACUAUGUGGACAGUGUGGACUGUGUCCCUAGACUUUAAGUGCUUAGACUGGCUCACUAAGAAUCCACAGAAUUGCAUUUACUUUCCAUCUUUAAGGGCAAAAUUUAGAAAAGAACAACUGUUUCUUCUAGAUAUCACAACUGAUAGGUAUCUAUGAUGAAACAAGGAGUAUGAAGUUGGAAUCCUCAUGCUGCCUUUAUUUUUUCUGCUUUUCCUAUGCAUUUUAUCUCUAUUUCUGUGUUUCUCAUAUUGUGAGCUGUGUGACGAAUGCAGAAAAUAAGCAUUCUGAUUGGUUCCUGCUUGGUUUUAUCAAGUCUGUGGUGUUUCCUUUCACGAUUGGAUCCAUGUUGUGUCUUUAAAGUUUUGAUCACACUGCACCGAUGAUGGGUUUCUGUUCAGAAACCUGGAUUGAGCUACCUUCCUCACUGAAAUAGUGCACUUGCUAUAGAGUGGGCAGAGUCACUAGGUGUGUACUAAAAAGAGCGCUUGAUCCACUUUUUGUAGCUUUCCUUUCUUCUGUCUUCAAGCAAUGCUAUAUUAUUAAUAUGCUUGUUCUUUAUUUUUUUAUACGUAUGUUUUUGUAAGAGAUGAAGAAAUACCCAUGAUAUCUAUGAAAAAAAAAGAUUUAAAAAGAUUUUGUUAACUAAAAGAAAAAUUAAAAAAAAAAAGCUGUGAAAUAUGAGUGUGUGAUUGUAAAGUGAGCAUUUAAACAAGUCAGACAUUUCUAUCAACCAGCACAAUAAUUCAUACUCAUUGUGCCCAUGUCACCCUGUAAGAUGUUUUUCAGAGCAUUUGAGACAUGUUAUUUCUUUGCACCUGGUGAAUAUCUCAAAAACUUGUUUUACACUAAAGCAAAUAGUUUUACACUGAGGCAUUAUAACACCAAAUAGUUAGUUUCUAAAAGCUUAUGGAUUUUUUGCCUUAAUCAUGUCAGCUCUGACUCCUGGUAAUAUGUCAAGAGAUGUACUACAGAAUAUGCCAAACGUGCCCUUUUUUGCCUUUUGUUCUCUCACAAUUAAGACACUUGUUUUUGUUACACUGAACAGGUAAGACUUCGAUGACAGCUUUUCAACAAGGUAAAAUUGUAGUGUUUUAACAGUAGUGGGGCAGCAGUAUUUGUAUUUUGAUUCAUUUGUCAAUUCAAAUUUAUUCAGCACUUGUGAUUUUUCUCUAUUGUUUAAUUUGAAUAUUUCUUCACUACCAAAGAAUUGUCUGUUUAUAGACAGUCAGUGAAUAAAUUAUUAUCAUUAUGAUGUUUUGUAAUUUGAAUAAUACUUUUCAUGAAUUAAAUGGAGACUCCCUGAAAGUA